UACUCGACGUAGCUUGUACUCAAAUUUGUCCAUCUCUACUAUAUAUGUAUAUUUUGAUACACGGAAAAAGUGUUAAAAUUUAAAUCUUUAUGAAACUAACCUAAAACGACAACGAAAUUCGUAGUAUUUAAUAAUGCAAAACAGCCACAACGCGGGAAAAGAAGCAGAUUUUCUCUAUUCAGGAAUAACGAAAUAAGAUAACGGUGCAAGUACACAUGGUUUCUAAAAAUACUGAGGGCGAGCUGUUGGCGCGAUAACGAUAAGCAACCUCAUUGCUCUUUAAGAUUACUACGUAAUAACGCCAUAAUAUCUUUAUAAUACGUUGCAAUUCUUUUGGGAAAACUAUAAUGGAAAUGGCGGGAAACUCUGCCGAGAUAGAAACUGAUAUAUCCCACCACGAGGGACUGCAAAUUUGCCAGCCAGAAGAGGUGCAGAAAAGCAACAACAACAUGGACACAUCACGCAAGUAUGCAUCUUUACCCGCUACCAUGCCCUUAAGGAUGUGCGAUAGCAGCCAUCAUUGCAACAGUACGUACAACAAACGUAUUAGUGACAUUUGCGCCAAGGUAGCAUCAGGCCAGCGCUUAAUGAUCAUCAUGCGCGGUGCUCCAGGCAGCGGCAAGUCUACAUUGGCUGCGUGGCUUUUGGGUCAAACAGAGCUUCUGGAGAAUUACAAGCUUAGUGACUUCGUACAUAGUACCGACGACUACUUCUACAGGAAUGGCGUCUAUCAGUUUGAUCGUAAUUUGCUGACAGAUGCUCACGACUGGAACAAAAAGCGCGUUCACCAGAAAGCCUCCGACGGAUGGAGUCCUAUUAUCAUUGACAAUACGAACACGAAGAUUUGGGAGAUGAGGCCGUACGUGCACAUAGCCGUGCAGUACGGUUACCUGUUGGAAAUUCUGGAGCCGCAGACCGGCUGGAGCAAAUCAGCCAGCAAGCUGUCUCAGAAAACUGUGCAUGAAGUGCCCCGAGAAAACAUUCAGCGCAUGCUUGACGGUUAUGAGAGUGCCACCGUGCCGGAAUUAUUAGAGCUGAUAAAGUCAACAAAUUACAUACCGCAAAUACGUCUACGACCGCCGCCGCCAAUGGUAUCGGACUCUAAACUUCCACUAUUAUCUACAAAGAAGGAUCAGGAACAGAUAUCCACAGCAGAAUCCUCUAAGCUUAAUGCAAAUGCUCAGAGCUAUGUGCCUGCCUGUAAGGACCAGCCAGAAGUUAAGCCUGAAAAAGCACCGAGCAGAGAAAAGUCCCUUCUGGACUUGCUACGCGAUGAUGCCGACAAACCUUCUGAAAUUCAGGCUCCACCAACUGAAGAUGUCAAUGCCCCACAGAUUUUGCAGCGCCAUGGGUUAAACUGUUGUAAUGAGCAUAAACAGUUCGUACUCCUACGUCAAAUGUAUCCCAACAAGCAGCUGACGGGGCUGUGGGAUUUGUUUGUUAAGUGCAAUGGAGAAGUGAGCUGGGCCGUAGAUAUUUUGCUGAAAGAGGAUGAGCUUAACAAGACAACUGAAUAUGGACAGGAGGCGUUUGAGGACGAUACCGAGCCAUUUAAAUGUAAUUGCAGCAAAUCGGCCAAUGCCCAUCAUAAGCCGCUGCAAGCCAAAUUAGAUAAAUCUGUUUCAGAUACUACUUCCAAACCACUUCCCCAACGACAGCAACGCAGCAGACGCAGCAAUCUAGAUGCCAAUAAAGAGCUGCAAUUGCAAAUUGAAAACUGUUUUGUCUUAGGUGAUGAACAGUACUCAGAGCACACACGCAAAAUACGUGACGUGCGUAACGGCAUUUUGGACAAUUCCCUGCCGUUUGUCCUGGAAAAUGAAGGUGUGGUUGCUGCCGAAACCGAGAUGGAAGAGGAAGCGGAAGCUGAAUAUGAAGAGGAUAACUCCCUGCUGGAAAUAGAUUUGGGCGAAGAACUAGUCGCACAGUUACGCAAUACUUUUAAGUGGGAAGGGACGCUUGGCGAGGUGUUGCCACCACAAGAACAAGUGGUCAAUAAGGUAUUCAUGCCGCGCACGCUUGCCAAACAACUUUACAUACUGUGGGUCGAAUCCAUCUACAACCAAUUGGAAGAACAACGACACCAAACUCUGCGAGACGAUGAGCAGUUCGCUAGGUUACUAAAACAUCCUCAGUAUGCGGACUGCAGUGAGUCGCCCAGCAAUGUGACCGAAUUGCUGGAUAUGGAGCUCGCUUGGAGUAUUUAUAAGAGCGAGCAACAGGCGGCGCAACAGGCGGCGUGCUCCCAGCCCAACGAUAUAGCUACGCACCUUACCAAAAUGAAGCUCUGCGAGAAGUUUCCGGAUGUUCCGUCGGACACACUCUUGGAAGUUUUUGCAGCCACAGGCAACAACUACAGUCAGACGGUGGAGGUUCUGGAUAGUAAUGUGCACAGCAAAUUGAGUCAUACCGAACUAUUUGAACAAGCGAUCCUGGAGAGGGAAAAGCUGACUGAACAAGUGGCGGAGCACCAGAAACAACAAUUGAGUGGAUCAAGUAGUGGUCAUACGCCAGGAGGACAGACUAUGACAUCCUCCGGAGGCAAUAAUAAGUCCCCGCAACUUCAUGAAGAGGCCAAGUGUGCAGCGCUGCGCGACUUCGAAGAAACACGGAAUCUGGCCGCCCAUCAUGCCCAGCUCAAGGCUGAGUGCUACCUGAAGGCCAAACAAGCGGUGCAACAGGGUAAUAGCGGCGUGGCCAUUUACUACUCGGAGAUAGCACAGCUGCAUAAACAGAAAAUAGACGUGUUUAACCAUCGUGCUGCCAAUUGUAUUAUGGAGGUUCACAAGCAUACUCAAAACAAUCCGGACCUUCUGGACCUACACUAUCUACACGCGUUGGAGGCUGUCAGCUGUCUCGAUCUAUUCCUCGACCGACACAUUACGCAGCUGCGCAACAGCACGCGUGUUUACAAGCACGUUUUCAUCAUAACGGGACGGGGAUUGCACUCAGCCAACGGUGUUUCUACCAUUAAGAACAAGGUCAAGGCGCGUUUGGUCGAGCGACGUUUGCGGUGGCACGAAGUCAAUCCAGGUUUGCUUAAAGUCAAAAUCUUCUCAGCCUCACGCCACUCUAAAAACUUUUAAUUUUAUACUCA